AUGGGCGAACAAGGCGCAGGCGGUGGCUUCGAGAGCCACCUCUCGACUCACAGGCGACAGGACUCCACGGCCGAGGAGCCCCUACCGACAGAGGCCGUCCCCGAGACGCGCAACCCACCCCAACAGUCCGAACAGGAAGACCAGAUCAUGCAAGAGUUCUCAAGAGUAUCGAGGGAGCUGGUCACAGAUGAAGGAGAGAGCACGGCUUCAACACCGGCGACAGAGACAGCACCCAGGCUAUCCAGGAAUUCCUCGACCAGUUCCAACAGGCAAAGCACGAGCGAAUACUUUACCGCCCAUGCCAGGGAUCGCAGGCCCUCGCCGCUCUCUCGCAGCUCCAGUGUACCAAUCGCCCCCAAGCCCCUAGAACCCCCAGUUACCCGCGCAACACUGAGCGAACUCGACGUCAGCAAGAUAAUACACAAUCCCAAGCUCCGCCAUGAUAUCAACUUCGACCCUGAACUACAUUUCCGACCCAACCUGGAUGGCGAAAAGGGAAAGAGGAAGCAGGAGAAGGCAAAUCAGUUCUGGAACAUGUUGAUGGAGCAGCUAAUACAGUUCGUUAUGGAUCGCGAGGGCUUCUACGCGAGAUAUGGGACAGACGACAACUGGUGCCUGCCAGCACUCCUCAAGGCCGCUCGGGAGAUCAUUGAGACGUUAGUGCCUCAACGUGAUCGCGACCUGCUGAACGAUGGAUUGAACGUGGAGCUCUUGAUGCAGCAGUUUCACCGGGGUGUCGCGGAUUUGGAGAAGUUGGCGGCCUGGUUAUCCGGUGUUCUCAAGCUACACUGUGCACCGAUGCGCGAUGAGUGGGUGGACGAGAUGUACAAUGAGCUCAGCAACGGGAAUAGGAACAACGACAUGGGCGAGCUGGUCAAGGGCAUGAGGAAUCUGCUCAGUGUGUUGGAAGCCAUGAAGUUGGAUGUUGCCAACCACCAGAUCAGAUGCCUCCGCCCAGUCCUGAUUGAGGACACAGUUCACUUUGAGCAGCGCUUCUUCAUCAAGAAGAUACAAGCAAGGAAGCUCAGCAUUGCUGCCGCCAAGCAGUGGUACCGCAACGCCGAGACUGCCGCCUCCAUCGUGUACGCCAACACACCCAGCCCUCAUGCUCAAGCGUUCGGUGAGACCGGUACUUUCUUCGAGGCCGUCACACACCUUGUUCUGCCUUCCACAUCGACUGCAAACGUACCCAAUACCUUCCUCUUCGAUGAGGAGCGCAUCCUCAAGCUCAGGUCAGAUAUGUACGACAGCAUCUGCCUUGAGAUUUGCAUGCGCAAGUAUGAGGACUACGAAAAUCUCUCGAGGCAGUUCUCCGGUGUACCGGCUUACCUCUCUGAGGACAACGGCCGUACACUAAGUACCCGCUCGUCCGCCGAGUUCAACUUCUCCCGUCCUUCCAGUCUAACCUUUAGCGAUCGCAACUCUCUGUCUUCAACUGCUUCCUCUCCCCGCAGCUCGAUCUUCACACCCACUACCGGUUCUUGCACGCCUGCCCCCUUGGAUUCUGCCGAAUCCCGCCGGAAGGCACAGGAUCUCUACUCAUCUCUUCUCGCUCUCCUUCACACCGCACCUCCCGCCAGCCGUCCCGACUACAGGUGGAAGAACCUCGCCGGCGCGAUGGCCCUUCAGAUCCUGCGCUUCGUCAACCACCCUCAGGCGUCGCUGGCUGAGCUCGAGGCCAACCUUGUCCGUGUACUAGGCGACCCCACUUGCGAGGUCUUCCGGGAGGUCGAAGCGGAGUUCCAGCAAAAGUUGCUAGGCGAAGUGGCGGUCAAGGUCAAGGAGUUUAGGAAUCUCUCUGGCGUUGGCCUCUUCUCGCGUGCAACUGGUGGAAAAAUCCAGACCCCCGGUACUAGGGCGUGGAAUACUCCUGGAGCUAGCAAGGUAAUGGGUAUCCAGAGCCUUGGUGGCAGUGAGCCCACAACGACCUCGUCUACGUCCAACUCAUCGAGCAACAGGGACCCCCGUGAGGAGGCCGGUGUUGAGGACAUGGCCACGCGGGUUGCCCACUUUGGCAUUCUCCACUGGAGGGUGUGGGCACAGUUGGCGUAUGUCGGAGAUGUCGAAAGUGAGUUAGAGAGCGCUGAGCUGAUGGCUCAGAUGCAGGCUCAGGGGUCGGCGUACGCUGAGCAGUUUGCCGCUGCCGCCGCUGCUGCCAAUGUUGGGAGGAUAUGA